GGCGCCGACGCGGCCCUCGCGAGAGGCCUCGGCCCGCGCCGCCCCGCCGCGACCCACCAAUGCUGGAUACGCAGAUGGCGGAGGCGCUCAACAAACCGCGGUCCACCGACUUCUCGAUCGCCGCCCUGAUGGGCCGCGCCGAGCAAGUUUCAGAGAAGGAGGACGAGCUGGCGGCCGAGGCGCUCGAGGGCAGCGACCGCGGCACGCCCGAGGUCUCCUCCACCGUCGAAAACGGCGGCCGCGACGACAAGGACGACAGCAAGCGGACUCCCGACGGCGUCUGCACGUGCGCCGAGCUGCAGGACGUGCAGUGCACGCUCGAGACCAAGGAGCUCUGGGAGAAGUUCCACGAGCUCGGCACCGAGAUGAUCGUCACGAAGACCGGCCGGCGAAUGUUCCCCACCAUCCGGGUGUCAUUCUCGGGUCUCAAGUUGGAGCACCGCUUCCUGGUUGUGCUGGACAUCGUGCCGGCUGACAACAAGCGUUACCGCUACGCCUACCACCGGUCGUCGUGGCUGGUGGCGGGCAAGGCGGACCCACCGGCGCCGGCGCGGCUCUACGUGCACCCUGACUGCCCGUUCAGCGGCGAGCAGCUCAAGAAGCAGGUGGUCUCCUUCGAGAAGAUCAAAGUGACCAAUAACGAGAUGGACAAGUCGGGCCUGAUGAUUUUGAACUCCAUGCAUCGGUACCAGCCGCGCGUGCAUUUGAUACGGCGGAAAGAUGGCCACGCAGGCUCUAUCACGGACCUGGAGGGCCAGGACUACAAGACGUUCAUCUUCCCAGAGACUGUCUUCACCGCAGUGACGGCCUACCAAAACCAACUGAUCACCAAGCUGAAGAUCGAUAGCAACCCGUUCGCCAAGGGGUUCCGCGACUCCUCUCGGUUGACGGACUUCGAGAGGGACACGUUCGAGACGCUGCUGGUCGACCACCCGCCGUACCUGCCCGGCGUGCACCCCGUCUUCGACGCCUACAACCUGACCGCCGAGGAGAAGGCGCUGCUGGCGCACGCCGGCUACUCGGACGCGCUGCGGCUGCCGCGGCCCGUGUACCCGGCUGCGUUGCAGCGGUACGCGCCCUACAUGUACCCGCGCCUGCUCAGCCCGGCCGCCGGCAGUCCGGCAGCUCUGGGCCGGGAUUGA